UCCUAACACGUCACGAGGGAGCCGGUAGUGACUCCCAGUGGAUAGCACUGCCUGCUCAGACACCGCCUAACCACAAACGGCUCGACCUGCAAGGUAGAGGAAUUACGUCCGUCCUGCCACGACUAUCGCCGUAAACCAGACGGAGCGUCAGAAUGCAAGGACACGCUGUUGUCGGUCAGUUCUCAUUCGGUUCAAGUCAGCCCGCUCACAGCUAUAUAGGGUUCCAGUGACGCUGGCCUGACGGGAUCCAAGUGAUGGUCUAAGGACUUGCAGUUGCAGAGGUGCUUGCGCGUGGAAUGUUGCGCUGGUCGGUGCACCUAGAAGGAGGACCGCGGAGAGUCAACCAUGCUGCUGUGGCUGUGGGGCACAAAGUCUACUCCUUUGGAGGCUACUGCUCUGGGGAGGACUACGAGACACUCCGUCAGAUUGACGUGCAUGUCUUCAACACAGUGUCUUUGCGGUGGAUGAAGCUGCCUCCGGUGAGGACGGGAGGACACGAGCGUGCCCGUGAAGUGCCAUACAUGCGUUAUGGCCACACAGCUGUGCUGCUGGAUGAUAUUAUCUACCUCUGGGGUGGGCGUAAUGACACAGAGGGGGCCUGCAAUGUGCUCUAUGCCUUUGAUGUCAACACCCACAGAUGGUUCACACCCAAGAUUUCGGGGACCGUUCCAGGGGCAAGGGAUGGCCACUCCGCCUGCGUCCUGGGGAAGGCAAUGUACAUAUUUGGUGGAUAUGAGCAGCUGGCUGAUUGCUUCUCUAAUGACAUUCACAAGCUGGACACCACCACCAUGGUUUGGUCGUUAAUUAAUGCCAGAGGCUCUCCAGCACAGUGGAGAGACUUCCACUCAGCCACCAUAAUUGGGACAAAGAUGUUUGUGUUUGGAGGGCGAGCAGAUCGCUUUGGUCCCUUUCACUCCAAUAACGAGAUCUACUGCAACAAGAUCAAAGUGUUCGACACAGAGACCAACUGCUGGCUGAACACUCCUUCAACGCAGCCGCUGCCGGAGGGGCGCAGGAGUCAUUCAGCGUUCUCUUACAAUGGAGAGCUCUACAUAUUCGGGGGUUACAAUGCUCACUUGGAUCGGCACUUCAACGACCUUUGGAAAUUCAAUCCAGAAGCCUUUUCAUGGAACAAGGUGGAGCCGAAGGGGAAAGGCCCAUGUCCACGUAGGCGGCAGUGCUGUUGUAUGGUUGGAGAUCGAAUCAUCCUCUUUGGUGGAACCAGCCCCUGUCCAGAGCAAGGAAUGGGAGAUGAAUUUAACCUCAUGGAUCAUUCAGACCUGUACAUCUUAGACUUCAGCCCUAAUUUGAAGACGUUAUGCAAAAUAGCUGUUAUCCAGUACAGUCUGGAGCAGUCAGGACUCCCACAUGAUAUCAGGUGGGAACUAGCAGCUAUGACCACCAACAGCAACAUCAGCAGGCCCAUCUUCUCGUCCCAUGGCUGAACCUUGGGCAGAGCCAGAACUGUGUCAGGGCCGUGGGUUUUCUUCUCUCUUCUCACCAGGACUCUCUUCUGUACAGUUCGGAACUGCCUCUUCUUUGUUUUCUCACAUUCUUGAAGUGGAAACACUCACCACCGACCAAAAUAUCCUGCCUGUGACUUCCGCGGACACCGUGGCCGUUUUCGUGUCUAAGGAUAUUUCAACAGCUCAAGCGCAGAUUGUGUGAGACGUAAAUGAUUCACACCCGUCCACCCGUUUCUAGCCUCUCUAGGAAUCCAAUCAGCCUAUGAUAAUCAUAGACUUCUAAUCUUAAGCACAGGAAGAGACGAGAACUUCAGCCGUUGGUGUUGAGAGCCAACCUCUUUGCUGAGCGCGUCCCCUUGACGCUGUGCUCGACAGGUCUCCCCGGAGAAGUAAAUGUGACCCUUCUGCUCCAGACACACAGAGACUGAGAUGGUCAAGCGUUUGUAUAUUGUGUAAACUAUCACAUUGACUGGUUUUCAAUGCUUAGCUUUAUCCUUCUCCAUCAUGACUCGGCUGGCACCCCGCCGCUCUUAAAGGUGAUUUUCAAGGCACCUGAGAGCAGCAGUCUGCCUUGUAAAGUCUAUCUACCUCCCUCAGUAACAUGAAUCAUUAAACCUUCAGUCUAACUUCCCACUCAUGGCGCAGCUACUGUCCUCCUUUUAAAAAGCUGGGGGUAGUACUAGUAAGUGUGAUUCACCUGCCACACCCCUGUAUUCUGUUCUUCAGUGCCAAAUCUAAAAGGGGAACAUGAUGCAAAUGUGAACUGUGUGUAAACUCACGGUCCUGCCCGCGCAGAGCCCGGUUCCUUCAGUCUGCCUGUUCCUGUGCUGCAGUUCAUCACUUUUGGACAUAAUAUAGUUGUACUUGUAGACAAUCCAACCAGCAUUUAAACACUCUUCUUCUGACCUCCCUGAUCACUCUAUGGGCACAAUAAUAGUUUUUAACAACCAUGUGUGAAGCUGAGUCUGAGCUAAGGUAAAAAUGCUAAAGGGCUGUUACAAAGACACAUCUUUAAAAUGAUAGAGGAUAAUUCAGAUUUGGGUGUGCUUAUUUAGGUUAUGUGUUAAAUUUAGUGGUCAAAUUACCUUUAAAGGAUAAAGUUGGAGAUUUUCUAUAUUUUUGAAUACAUUUACUGAUUAUUUCCUUUCCAGACGUGUCCCAAUUGAUGGUAUUAAUUAGAAUAAUAUGGAAUAUCGCCCGUCACUGACUAGAACAGUAAUAUGGCAUGAUGUUACAGUGCAUGAGUAGGUGAGGAUGAAUGUACAGUAAGAAGAGUUGCUAUUAAUACCUUUUUGUAUUCUGACAUUUUGGCUGUGGAUUGUAGCCCCGUCUGGUCCUUAAGCCCGGCGGUUCUAAAAACUAGGACCUGGGAACAGGAAAUGUAAGCACAUGUGAGCUGCUUCACUGCUUUUCAGCGGGUCUUCGGGAACAAGUGCGCUGCAGUUCCUCUGUCCCGCCACAGAGUAAAAUGUGUGCAACAAUCAGUCCCUGCUUAGCUAGAUUUAAACCCAGCAGGGCUCUGGGUCCCAAACAACAGCACUGACUGACGCCGACCUUCAUAGUAAAUGUUUACAGAUCUGUGUAUUUGAUGUGAAGCAGUGUAAAAACAAUCAAAAAUGCAGGUUGAAGUCACCAAAUAGCUGCACUAAAGCCAUUUGUGGCGCGUUAGGCCUUACAGAGCGAAAAUGUUGAUGCUGCUUUUUGCCUAAGUCGACUAAAGUGUGAGACGUCCGCCUCCCGAAGUGUGAAUUUUACUUACAGACUGGUGGUGCCAACGGGACUCGCGGGCCUAACGUCCUCUGCACUGCAGACGCACAUGGACAUAUCACGCUCUUAAAGAUGUGUCAGUACCCUGCUUACUUGUGAAUCCACAGAGAAGCUAAUCUUGUGUUCACACUAAAGAUCUUGUAAAGGAAUCAAACUGAGAGACACCACACUGCUGUCUACAGGCUGGAUUUCUUCUUUUGGAGUGAAAGUCAUUUUCAUUUUUACAUCAGGAUUUCGGGCCUUUUUCAUUGUUUGUAAAGAUAACGGGUAAUGGUAAUUGAGUCAAGACCUUUAGGAAAUUACGCUAAAUGCUAAUAUGGUCUUUUUGGUCAACAAUUAAGUAACUGCACAGCAGAUUUUCCCAGUGGCAUCACUUAUGCAGUGCUGACGCUGAGGGUAGUGAUUUAGCCUUUUACAGUUGCAAUGACCGUGAUGGGACAAACCCCAUGAAAGUUGUGUUGUCUGUCCCUUUUUUUUAACUCUGUAAAGACACACUUCACCAUUAGAAGCAGCAGAGUAAAGCCCUAAGCUCUGCUUAAAUAAUUCAGCAGCAGUGAUUUUUUGCCAAUCAGAAGUAUGUGACCAGACUGAUUUAAUGCCAAGACGUUGUAUUGUGACUUUAGGACUAGCAUCGUGUAGGUGAAUAAAUCCUAAACAGCCGAGAAUGAGGAUUGAGAAACAAACAAGAACAAGUAUGACAUGUAUUUGGGUUCAUUUUACAACAGUGCAGGCCGAUGCUUGUUUUUAUUUUCUAUUUUAUACGUUUUUAGAGGAGAUGCUGUAUCUGUCGAGGUUGGUCUAGACUUCCUGUGCAAUAUCCUUUAUAAUUGUCUCAACAAUAAAGCUGAAACCAUUUGACUUGUUA